UGCCUCUACGCUCUGAAGGUGGGCUGGAAGGUGUGCUGGGCAAAGGCAGAGGAAGAGGAGGAGCAGAGGCGCAUGGCCUUCCUCUCCCAUGACAUCAGCAUGCUGCGCCUCUUCGAGACUUUCCUGGAGAACACCCCGCAGCUCACCCUGCUCCUCUAUGUUAUCGUGCGGACAAACAAGUUAGAGUUCUUCCAGGGACUGGGGCUCUGCACUGCGUUCUUGUGUGUGACCUGGUCUCUGCUGGACUACCACCAGUCCCUGCGCUCCUUCUUGCAAGACAAGUACGAGCUGAGCCUGGCCUCCUCCAUCAUCUACUUCCUGUGGAACCUUUUCCUCAUCUGCCCCCGCAUCCUUGCGGUCGCUGUCUUCGCCCUGCUCUGGCCCUACGGCGUGGCGGUCCACUUCCCGCUCGUGUGGCUGGCAAUGUUCCUCUGGGUCAGCCUGCAGGGCACGGACUUCAUGGAGUCACCUGGCCCUGAGCAGCUCUACCGGGCCAUGGUGGCUGUGAUCCUCUACUUCAGCUGGUUCAACGUGGCACAGGGCAGGACGCUGUACCGCAGCAUCAUCUAUCACGGCUUCAUCCUGGUGGACAGCACGCUGCUAUCCCUGGCCUGGCUCUGGUGCCGGUCCCCCUCUGACGGGCCCUCGUACCUCGUCCCGCUGCUCUCGGCCGCCCUGCCCUGCUACCUGCUGGGGCUGGUGCUGAGGGUCACCUACUACGAGUGGCUGCACCCAAACGUGCGGGCGCAGCAAGGGGGCAGCUACGAUGAGGUGGAUGCCAACGGGAGGACUGACGGGCCGGAGCUCCGCUCGUUCUCGGUGCCAGACCCCGUGAACAGGCGGAUGCAGUGCCUGGCCCAGGCUCAGUUCCCCAUCUCCCGGCCGGCGGGGCAGCGCUCCCUGAAUGGGGCUGCUGCUGUUGAGUCUGCUGUCUGA